ACAUAAUACAGUAUACAACACUGCUAAAUAAGGACGUUUUUUCUGUCAACUAAUAAGUUUAUUAUAUUUAGUGAAACCAGCAGGGAAUAACAAAGAUUGAGUAGUUUUGUGCGAUUGUCGUGCGUCGUGUCGCAAAUUAAAAAAGAAGAAACCUCACACGCUUUACAAUUCCCGCAGUUUUGUCAUUGUCGCAACAUUGUUUGAAAUAAUUGCAAAGCGUUAGCAGCACUGCAGUAAACACAGCUUUAAUUGGAAUAAUAACAACAGAUACAGCAAUCUGCAAUAACUGAAAUUUGGGUAACAUUUAAUGGACUAUUCGCCAUAUUUUGCUAUAAAAAAUGUUGGAAGAAACUAGUAAUAAAUACACGAGUGAAGGCGAUAAUCAGAGCACAUGGCAGCAAAAGUUUUCCUGGAGGCGGGUCUUGAACACCACAGGACCACAGCCCCGACCACGUCAUGGCCACCGCGCAAUCAAUAUUAAGGAGCUCAUGGUGGUAUUUGGCGGUGGUAAUGAGGGCAUUGUGGACGAAUUGCAUGUCUACAAUACAAUUACCAACCAGUGGUUUGUGCCGGCCAUGAAGGGCGAUGUACCACCUGGAUGCGCUGCUUAUGGAUUUGUAUGCGAUGGGACGCGGAUGUUCAUUUUCGGAGGUAUGAUAGAAUAUGGUAAAUAUUCCAAUGAGUUACAUGAACUGCAGGCAACUAAAUGGGAGUGGCGAAAAAUGCAACCAGAUCCGCCAGACAAUGAUAUGCCGCCAUGCCCUCGUUUGGGCCACAGUUUUACGUUGGUAGGUGAACGUAUAUUUCUUUUUGGCGGUUUAGCUAACGAGUCUGAUGACCCUAAAAACAACAUUCCGAAAUAUCUCAAUGAUUUGUAUAUUUUGGAAACGAGAGCUGCGCACAGCUAUAAUGGUAAAUGGAUUGUACCCAAAACGUAUGGUGACAAUCCACCCCCACGGGAGUCCCACACGGGUGUAUCAUUUACUUGCAAAACGACAGGGAAGCUUUAUUUGCUUAUAUAUGGUGGAAUGAGUGGUUGCAGAUUGGGGGAUCUUUGGCUGCUGGAUGUUGAUUCGAUGACCUGGUCGAAACCACAGACUCGGGGGCGAGCUCCACUUCCCCGUUCAUUGCAUAGUUCGACCAUGAUCAAUAAUAAAAUGUACGUUUUUGGAGGAUGGGUACCUUUGGUUGCAGACGACUCAAAAACAACUAUUGAAAGAGAAUGGAAGUGCACUAACACCUUGGCCGUUCUGAACUUGGACACCCUGACAUGGCAAAACAUUAAUAUGGAGGCCGUUGAGGACAAUGUUCCGCGGGCCCGAGCUGGUCAUUGCGCCAUUGGAAUCCAUAGUCGUUUGUAUGUUUGGUCCGGCCGAGAUGGCUAUCGCAAAGCUUGGAACAACCAGGUAUGUUGCAAAGAUCUUUGGUACCUAGAUGUUGACCGACCUUUGUAUGCUGUUAAAGUAGCCCUAGUGAGGGCUUCCACACAUGCCCUGGAAAUUUGUUGGCAAGCUACAACUUUUGCCUCCGCUUACGAAUUGCAAAUUCAAAAGAUUGAGCCGCUAUCAAUACCAGCCAAAACAGCGCCACAGCCAUCUGCUCCAGCCCCCAUGCCAUUUAACAGUAAUGUAUCGUCCAUGAUUGCAAAUGGUAACGCGGCGUCAGGUGGUUCCUCUUCAAAUGUCAAUCUCGUUGCCUCGCCGUCGACAAAAUUCCAUAAAAUUCAAAUACCCACAACGGUAUCAAUUAUACCAGCCGGGGCAGCAACAACAACUGGUGCUAUAACCACAAAUGCUGGUGUCAGUGGCCCUUCUGUUAGUGCGGCAACGGCGUCUCCUACCAUUGGCCUUAAUAACAUUGUUAGCGGUUACCAGGCUUCGAGUGCAGCAAGUAAAAUACAAAACACGACGAGUAUAAGUCAGGCGGCUCCGGUCACACAAGCGUCCAGCAGCAUAAGUUAUAGUGCCAGGAAUCAAAUAGAGUCGGUUGGAGGAGCAAGUCCUUCGGUGUUGAGUUCGAAUACCUAUAUAAAACAAACACCAAGCACAACAUCUGUCAAUGUGUCCUCUGGCCUUGCUACGACCGUCGUAUCUGGAAAUGUGGGUCAGGUGCAAGCUGGAGUGCUUAACGCCAACACAUCAAAUGUAACCACUAUUCUUCAAAAGAUACGUCCUACUGCGGUGGUGUCGAGAACAACAACUACAGUUACCAGUACCGUUAGCUCCAUUGCAUCUCCGGCAAGUUCCACACAAAUGCUUAUAACUGCUGGUUCCUCCGGAAUUUCAACCACUGCUGCUAGCAGUUUGCGUGUGGUAAACACUUCGGUCCAAUCAGGUGCUGUGCCCGUAAAUACAACAAAUUCUACAGUGCGAUUGGUGGCCUCAGGUUCGAGUGGUUUACGGUUGGCUACACAGUCUGGCACGGCAGUGCCAACUUCGGCAGUAACCCAAAUAUCUGCCGUUAAUCAGCUGACAAGCGGAAAUCAAGUGGUUGCUGCGGCAAGCACUGCCGGCGGUACAACAUCAACGACAAUUGGUGGCAAACAAUAUAUUAUUCAAAAGCCUCUGACCUUGGGAUCAAAUGUACAAUUUCAAUUGGUUAAAACGAGCAGCGGUGGAGUGGCAGUGCAAACAUUUCCUAAAAUCAACAUCAACAUGGCCAAAGGGACUGGCAUACAGACUGCCACUGGGGGAUCUGCAAUCACAAAUCCCACGCAACCCAAACAGACACAGUUUAUUUUCAGCAGUAAUGUGAGUGGUGCAACAGCCGGUGGACAACAGAAGCAAAUCAUGCCUGGAAAUGUAGUGAAAUUGGUAUCACCUCAUACACUAAGUGGUGGCAACGUUAUCAUGAAGAAUUCCAACAUUCUUCAAGUAAGCAAAAUGUCAUCCAGUGUUUCCGGCAAAUCGGCAUUUGUUAUAACCAACAAACAAGGUCAACAAUUAACUAACCAGCAAAUCAUCAUCGUGACAACUGGGACCGGAAUACGUACCAUACCAUCCGGCAGUGUAGUUACCAAUGCUUCAUCUUCCAAUUUGGUUUCCGUUGUUGACACAAUGACCACCACAGUGCCAACAGCAACGAUAGCGCGCAAUGUAAUCAGCACACCGACUGGAAUGAAAAUGAUCCACAAUGUGCCGACAAGUUCGGUGCGGCCAAUUACUAUAACAUCACAACCUGGUGGUGGCGGUGCCAAUCUACAUCAAAAAACUAUUACACUGGGCGGUAAAGCGGUCACCGUACAAAUGCCAUCGAACCCCUCCAACCUCUCAUCGGUCACCAAGACAGUGACAAUUGUCGCCUCCAACAGUGGCUUGUCCAAGACUCACAAUCAAAUAGUCACCGCCGGCAGCACACCUGGGCCUACCAGUAAACUAGUUGUCGUUCCCACAAAUUCGAAUCAGGCAGCUUCGAUGAAAGGUUUCGUCAACAUCUUUAAUGCCAGUGGCAAUACACUGCAGCGCGCAAUCACUUUGCAAUCCAAAGGCAACAUCCAACAACAACAACAGCAGCAACCAGUGCAACAGCAAACGUUAUCGUCAGCAAAUAUAAGCCUUGCUGGUGGAGGUGAUGCAGUUUCUGACCACAUCGCCGAUCACGAUUCGAAUGGCGGUGGCGACACUAUGGAUGAUAUUAUUGAGCAACUGGAUGGAUCUGCUGAAAUAUCCAACACUGAAAACAAUGGCAACAACGAGAAAGGUGAAAAUGUCGAUUAUGAUUAUAUGAAUAUUUAGCGUCAAUCCUCUAAAGGACGAAUGCAUCAUUCAAUUUUUUAAUUAAAAAAAAUCACACAUAGAAACAGAGAAAAUACACUGAACAAAAUUGUUGUGGCCAAUGGACGCAAGGUCAUACUGUUUGUUAGAACUUUGUUUUGAGAUUGCCAAUGCUCUAAAUAUUGUAGUUAUGUUUUAAAUCUCUGCCAGCAGCUAAGAGUGCCCUUGGGUGUAUUCGGUCACAAACAAAUAUUUGCUUAAAGUAAUUUUGAUAAAUAUGCAUAUUGACGAAAGUAUAUUUCUAAAGAUAAAUAGUUUGGUAACUUUAACUAUUCAUGGAAUAUAUGAUACACUUAUUAACACAUUUACAUACAUACAUAGAGAUACUACAUAAAUUAUAGUAACUAAGCACUGCUGUUUGAAACAAAAAAAAAACUUAUUAAUAAAUACCUACAUUUAGAUAUUUACUUACCAUACCAACCGCCCCUACUCCUUAAAUUCUAAUCACUUUAGGAUUAUUCACUCGUAAAGUUUUUAUUUGUCGUAUUUUUGCUUUUUGUUGGAAAAUAUAUUAUACGUAUUUGUUUUUGAGACAACAUUUCUUUAAAAAUAUAUAACCAAUUCGAACGUAUGUCAUACUAAAAGAACAUAUUGAGAUUGUGUCUAAAAACAAAAGUUAAAUUGGCAUUUGUACAGAAUCAAAUAUGAAAUGUAGCACACACAUACUGCAUACAUUUAUCAGAUAUUAAUUACGAACACUUGAAUAAUUUUAUGGAAACUAAUUGACAUUAAGAUUUGUAUGGACAUGAUGCUGCUUCCUCCCAAGAGGAUACUAAGACGAUUGUGUCGUUGUCCUCUUGUGUUUCUUUUUCUUUUCCUUUUUUUUAAUUUUUGAUAUAGUCGUUUUUAUUUUGCGCGCGAAUAUAUCGACUAAUGUUUUUAAGUUAUUUUUAGGAUUUAAGAUGCAUUGGAAAUAAAUGAAAAGUAAUAUUUGUAAAA